AGCGAACCAAAGAUAAUUGACACGAAAUUACUUUCGGCUCUCUGUCCCGGGUCCACUGUGGAAUGAACCCUCUGGGAGGGGCUCUCAGACAGGAACUGCUCGUCUCAUCCUGUUUCCUCCUACACUUUACGGAAUAGGAUAAAGUGGAAUUCGUGAGUAAAGAAUAGGCUCCUGCCAUUAGCCUGAGCCUCCGCCCAAGUCGUUGUUGUGUGAACACCGACGAAGACAUGACGCUUAAUACAGGAAACAUAAAUUUCAAAUGGGAUCCAAAAAGCUUGGAAAUAAGAACACUAGCUGUUGAGAGACUUCUUGAGCCUUUAGUAACUCAGGUGACCACUUUGGUGAAUAGUAGCAAUAAAGGACCCUCCAAUAAGAAGAAAGGACGUUCAAAGAAAGCUCAUGUUUUGGCUGCAUCAGUGGAGCAAGCAACCCAAAAUUUUUUAGAUAAAGGAGACAAAAUAGCAAAAGAGAGCCAGUUUCUUAAAGAGGAACUCAUUGCAGCAGUUGAAGAUGUUCGGAAACAGGGUGAACAGAUGAGAAGUGCUUCUGGAGAGUUUGCUGAUGAUCCUUGCUCAUCUGUUAAGCGUGGAAAUAUGGUUCGUGCUGCACGCGCACUGUUGUCUGCUGUAACAAGGCUGCUGAUUUUGGCUGACAUGGCCGAUGUGUACAGGUUACUGGUUCAGCUUAAAGUGGUUGAAGAAGGUAUUGUGAAAUUAAGAAAUGCUGGAACUGAACAAGAUUUAGGAAUACAAUAUAAGGCUUUGAAAGCUGAAGUGGAUAAAUUAAAUGUCAUGACUGCAAAGAGACAACAGGAAUUAAAGGAUAUUGGACACAGAGAUCAGAUGGCUGCUGCUCGUGGUAUUCUUCAGAAGAGCAUUCCUAUUCUUUACACUGCUUCACAGGCAUGUCUGCAGCAUCCUGAUGUAGCUGCAUUCAAAGCUAAUAGGGACUUAAUAUAUAAACAGCUUCAACAAGCAGUCACUGGCAUUUCAAAUGCAGCCCAGGCUACCUCAUCUGAAGAAACUGCUCAUCAGCAAGGAGGUGGAGAGCUCGCCGUUGCACUCAAUAAUUUUGAUAAACAAAUUAUUGUGGAUCCUCUUGGCUUUAGUGAAGAAAGAUUCAGGCCUUCGCUGGAGGAGCGUUUAGAAAGCAUAAUUAGUGGAGCAGCCCUAAUGGCAGAUUCUUCUUGCACACGAGAUGAUCGUCGGGAGCGUAUUGUUGCUGAAUGCAACUCAGUGAGACAAGCUUUACAAGAUCUUCUUUCCGAAUACAUGGGAAAUACUGGCCGUAAAGAACGAAGUGAUGCUCUAAAUUCAGCAAUCGACAAAAUGACAAGGAAGACAAGAGACUUGCGCAGACAGUUGCGAAAGGCUGUUAUGGACCAUGUUUCUGACUCUUUCUUGGAGACUAAUGUGCCACUUCUGGUAUUGAUUGAGGCUGCAAAGAAUGGAAAUGAGAAAGAAGUAAAAGAGUAUGCACAAGUAUUUCGUGAACAUGCCAAUAAACUGAUUGAGGUAGCCAAUUUGGCAUGUUCCAUAUCAAACAACGAGGAAGGUGUUAAACUUGUUCGUAUAUCUGCUGGUCAUCUUGAAUCCAUGUGCCCACAGGUUAUAAAUGCAGCUCUGGCCUUAGCAGCUAAGCCUCAUAGCAAAAUGGCACAAGAAACAAUGGAUCUUUUCAAAGAGCAAUGGGAAAGACAAGUUAGAGUCCUUACAGAUGCUGUUGAUGAUAUUACAUCAAUCGAUGACUUUUUGGCUGUUUCAGAAAACCACAUUCUGGAGGAUGUGAAUAAAUGUGUCAUAGCUCUCCAGGAGAAAGAUGUUGAUGGCUUGGAUCGUACAGCUGGAGCUAUUCGUGGCCGGGCAGCAAGAGUCAUACAUGUGGUCACCUCUGAAAUGGAUAAUUAUGAACCUGGUGUCUACACUGAAAAAGUUUUAGAAGCUACCAAGCUGCUGUCCAAUACAGUUAUGCCACGUUUCACGGAGCAAGUUGAAGCUGCAGUUGAGGCCCUUAGCGGUGACACAAAUCAGACCAUGGAUGAAAAUGAAUUUAUUGAUGCUUCUCGACUAGUAUAUGAUGGUAUAAGGGACAUCCGCAAAGCUGUGCUGAUGAUCAGAACUCCAGAAGAACUUGAUGAUUCUGAUUUUGAAACUGAAGACUUUGAUGUGCGAAGCAGAACAAGUGUCCAGACUGAAGAUGACCAGCUCAUUGCUGGACAGAGUGCAAGAGCAAUCAUGGCUCAGCUCCCUCAGGAACAAAAGGCCAAAAUUGCAGAACAAGUGGCUAGCUUCCAGGAGGAAAAGAGUAAAUUGGAUGCUGAGGUGUCGAAAUGGGAUGACAAUGGAAACGACAUCAUUGUUUUGGCCAAACAGAUGUGCAUGAUUAUGAUGGAAAUGACUGACUUUACUAGAGGGAAGGGGCCACUAAAAAACACUUCAGAUGUAAUUAGUGCAGCUAAGAAAAUUGCAGAAGCGGGAUCCCGAAUGGAUAAAUUAGGACGAACUAUCGCUGAUCACUGCCCUGAUUCAGCUUGCAAGCAAGAUCUUUUGGCGUAUCUUCAGAGAAUUGCCUUGUACUGCCAUCAGUUAAAUAUCUGUAGUAAGGUAAAGGCGGAAGUGCAGAAUCUUGGUGGUGAGCUUGUUGUUUCUGGGGUUGACAGUGCCAUGUCCCUGAUACAAGCUGCGAAAAAUCUGAUGAAUGCCGUCGUUCAGACAGUGAAAGCUUCCUAUGUAGCUUCUACAAAAUACCAGAAGUCACAAGGAAUGGCGUCUCUGAACCUCCCUGCAGUGUCAUGGAAAAUGAAGGCUCCAGAAAAGAAACCCCUUGUGAAAAGAGAGAAGCAGGAUGAGACCCAAACUAAGAUCAAGCGUGCGUCUCAGAAGAAACAUGUCAACCCAGUGCAGGCUUUGAGUGAAUUUAAAGCAAUGGAAAGCAUUUAAAUCUAUAGAUUAAGUUGUUCUUUUCAUAAACUUUAGAAUAUACUAACCACUUUCUUGCUCACUUUUUGUAGUAGAAUGGUUGGAAAAGUUUUUUUGUUUUUUUUUGUACAGGUAAUACUUUUGUGUUUUGUUUUUUGGUCUCACAACCACUUAUAUAAAUGGAUGGCAGGGGUUGCUGAAAUAAUCAAGUCAGAAAGAAAUCUUAUUAAAAUCAUACUAAAUAUAGAUACUGUGGUCCCAGUUGACCCAGGGAUUAGACUAUUAAAGGGACAGUAUACACCUUUUUUAACAUGGGCUUGUACUGAACAUACUUUUUUCCUAUUGUUUUAAUUAAGACAAAUCAUUUUUGUGAUUUCUAACGGUAAAGAAUAAAAUCAAAGCCGUUUUUCUUUGGCACUUCCUAUUCUGGCAAGAAGAACAGAUGCUGAUAACACUAAUUACCAGUACAUUGAGAAGCCCUUCGAUAAUGAUUUGCUUUAAAGGCUGUAGCUUGAGAGGGGGGGGUAUGUUUGAUUAAAGGCAUAUAAGGAGCUCUGAACAAAUUGCUUUAUAAUGGAAGAGGAACGAAGUACAGUGAAAGAGUUUGAUUAUGAUAGCAAAAGCAUAGGAAGAUUUUAUUCAUUAAAAGAAUAGGCAGAAUGCAUUUUCAACACAAGAUCUCUUUAUUAUGCUCAAUUAGGUAUAUACUGCCCCUUUAAAAUCUAUUUGUGCACAAUGUGGCCUUUUUGUUAUUUUGCUUCAUUUUAGACUUAAUUGUUUUAUAAACUAAGUUAACUGGCUACAUGACUUCACUUUUUAAUUUGCUGCUUUUUUAUUAAACACUAAAUUGCUGGAAAACUAGCUAUCAACUGCUUUAAGUAAUCUGCAGUGUAAGCAUGAACAUCUAAGAAUUGUAAUAAAGUUAAACUCUUUUUUGCUUGAUUAGCAAUUUUCUUUUCUUUUUUUCACUAAUUUCCUUAUCCUUUGCCUUCACGUACUCAUUAAAAGUCUUUAUUUUUAAAUAUCUCAAACAGUUUUGUUAUGUGCUAAUGCAGAUAUGGGCAGACCACUUUAGUUUUCCUGUUAGUGCUGAGUGCACUGGUGUUGGUUAUAUAGGCAGAUUAAUACAGGGCUUUCAUCAUGCUGCAUGACUGGGCAUGUAUUUCAGUGUUGAUCAUUCCAAAUGGAAAAUGUUAUCUGCUUAAUAAAUCAGUUGAUGCACUAUGCAACUAUCUAGAAAGUAAAUAGAAGCUCAGCCUAUUGUGGCCAAUAUCCACUUGUAUGGCCAAUUAAGAGGGGCGGGUGUAGAUUAGUAUAGCUCCUCCUUUCUGCUUGUAUGUGAGGCUUAUCAGGGGUCCCACAGUGACAGGCCCUUGGUACAGUUACAAUACCCUGGCAGUGAGCAGUAAUACUGUGGUGCUCUAAAGCUAGCCAUACACUGGUAGAUUUAAGCUUAUAGUUCAGAGGCUUAUCUGUCCAUUUAUGGGCCCUCCCAUGCAGAUUUGUCAUGUCUGAAAAUCCCAUCCCGAUAAAGACCACAUCAGUGCAUUAAUGCAGUCCUCUCAACCAUGGGACUUGUGAUCUGGACACUGGGCCGGGUGCCAAGAUUUUGUCUCAGUUUGGCACAGCACAUAGGUGCCCAUAUCUGUUUAAUAACCUCACCAGGUUGAACGAGUGGAAACAUAUGACCAACUUUACACACUCCAAUCUGUUAUUAAUCGGGAACAAUGCAUACUCAAAUACCUUCUCUCUCUUUCUACACAUUCCCAAACUGUCCAUUAACAGUUCAAAAUCACAUUUUAGUGCUAGGAAUUUGCAAAAGUAUAUGAAUUUUUUAGUGUUGUAUACUAUGUAUAUAACAAAAUAAAAAUAUUAAACAUUCUUUGUACACACCGACUGGAAACCUCAUGGGAUUCAAGGGCCAUAUUCGCAAAUUUCCUCUUAAGUAUGGUGUACACCCCCCCCCCCCCCCAUAUAAAUCCAUAUCCUACAUGUAGACAGAGUGAAAAAUGAUUUUACCUUUUAAAAAUAUUUUCUUUAGGGGCAUUUCCUGGAGGGAAAGUUGCUUAGAUAUUUCUAAACCUUUCCAUGCUUUUGUGUGAUUGCAUUUUUUUUUUUUUUUUUUUUUUUAUUUGUAUGAUUGUUCCAAAUGAAAAGAAAUACAGACAUUAUGUUAAUGCUAUAAAGUCAAUAAAAUAACAUAUAUCAAA